CGCUGGUAUAACAAUGCCUCAUUAAGCAGAAAGGAGCAUUGGUCCUUGUGUGACCUGAGGUUCGCAGCUAGGUGGAAAUCGGUAAUUAAAAGCGAGUUUCCAUCCAGACAGUCUGUAAUGGCCCAGCUGCUUCUGAAGAAGCUUGACUGUCUUCACAGCUCGGUAACCCGCUGUAUAUUCCCUUGCAUAUCACUCGCAGGUUCCCGGCCAGUUUUUCCAGCUAUCCCGACUUCCUUCCUCCACAGUCACGGAGCUCAGCUGAGCUCCAACAGGACGUCAGUGGUUCGCUGCGGGCGGCAGAAGUAUGAGCGGCAGUACCCAGUCCUCUUGGUCCGCCCAGACGGCUCCACUGUUAGCAUCAGAUACCAAGAGCCCAGGCGGCUUCUCCUGAUGCCUGUAAACCUGUUGACUCUGUCUGAUGAGGAGCGCCGCGCUCGCCAGAAGAGGAGGGAAGUGAAGAAGACCAAAACACAGACAACAGAUCUGUAUGAAGAUGACUUUAAGGUGGACAGCUAUAGCCACUUAUGGAAAAAGAAAUGACUUCUGUAUUCACCAAUGUAAAAUUAAACAAAAUAGUUAAAACUGUCAAACAUAAAACUGGAUGUGUUUAUGUUGUGCCAGUAUUUGGCAGAAGUACCACCUAGUGUCCUGAUUCAGAUGCCAGUGUGUGGUAUCUAUCUGAAAAAUGUAAAGCUGAUCUGUCUGAUAUUCUCGGACAUGUUGCUGAUUAUCAGCAGGUUGUACUGAGCCAUGUUGGUGGCAGUAUUCCAACAUUUCCAGCUCCUGGAGUCACCUUUAGUGGCUGUAUAUACAUCCGCCUUCUGACAUCACAUCAACAACCUGUUUUAUACAACAUGAUGAGAAAUCACCAUGUAAAAAAUCACUAUUUUGUUUAAUAUCUAUAAGAUUCUUAAAAGUAAAAACCUAGUGAUGAAAUGUUGUACAUUAAUGAGCUCAUUAAAGGAGUAAUUCCUUGCUGUGUUCAAUUUAAAUUAAAAUAUCCUAUACUGAUACAAAGGGGAAAUGAAGAGUUUUAUAUUAAUUCAGGUCUUAUACCAGUGGGUAGGUUUAAUGUGCAGGGGCAUUAUUAAAAUGAAAUCAGGAAAUGUUUUCAUUGACGCUUCACUGUGCUGCAGGGCUUUUCCUCGGCUCAGGGAUAACGAGUACCCAGAGAGAACCCAUGUCUGCUUUUUCAUAUAAAAUGAAAAAGCUUCAUUUCCUGGAAGGCACCAUUAAGAAUCUCAAUUUUGGAUAAAGAUGUUCAACAUCAGGAAUUUUUCCCUCACUGGGUAAUAAAACACAUCAGGAUUAAAAACUGAUUUUGACUUAAUGUUUUUCAAACGUUGCAUUUCUGCUAAAUGAAAAUGUGCUGACGAUUAUUGGGACAUGGGUUACUAGUUGGGAGUUGGUUGAAUUGCAGCUUGUGUGAUGUCAGCAGUUGUUUACCUUGUUGCCUUACAGCAAGGGGUGCUGCUUUGAGAUUUUGGUCUGGGUGGAGAUUGAAAACAUGGGUUCUCUCUGGGUACUCUGGCUUCCUCCUGCAGUCUUAAACAAGUACCGAUAUAUUAGGUGAAUUACUAUCCAAAUAUUGGCAAUGAACCAGAAUCGCUGGGUUCAGGGAAUUUUUCCAUGAUUGUUUUGCCUCCUCAGGGGUCUGCAGUCUUCCCUAUCAAAUAAAGAUCUAAAGAUCUAUUCUUGCCCUCAGUCCAGCUAAAUAAAGUUAUUUAGAGCUGCAUAUAUCACAUAGCUUUCUGAAAAAAAAGACAACUUACAAAUAUCUACUAUAUGAGAUUUAUUUGAUGUGAAGAACAUCUUUGACCCAAUGACAAAAAAUAUAUAUAGACCCAAACUUAAAACAGCAUAAAAGGCAAAUUGUAGGAGAUGAAAAUAUGUUUUUAGAUUUAGUUUUUUAAUUGUUUUUGUAAGGUUUUAUGCAAAUGUAGUGAUAAUAUAAAACAUAUACUUUGCACUGUAUACAGGUGUUGCACAAAAAUUACAUAUUCACAUUGUAAUAAUCUUCCCCAAAAUAGUGUAAAAGUAUGUAGUUAUUUAUUUUUCAUUAAUCUGGUACAGUGAAUGACAGAGAGUUUUACAGAUAACUUGCCUUGCCUCAGGUUUCCAGGUUGGAGUAGUUUGUUUAGCAAAAUUUAGCAAAUUUAUGUUCUGACAUUCCAAGACUAAAUAUGGUUCAGUCUUUACGUUUGGUAAUAAAAGCUAGAAGAAAAAUCAACUUUUGUAAUUUUUUGUUUUGUUUGAAACAGAGGCUAUUACAAAAAUAUAGUAUAUAAUAUUUUAGUCAG